AAAGCGUAGCAGUCAUAAAUCAAACCAGAGUCGGAGGGAAGUCCUUGUUCUGGUAAAAACCCCAGACCCCCACGCGCCCUUUCUCUUUCUCUUCCAUUCCAAGAAACCUCUCUCUCCUUAGCAAUCGUAGCUCUUCUCUGUCUCACCAACUCAGCAAACUCUCAUCUAUCUGACCCAUCUAUCAGCGCCGACAACCCCACACUUGUUCAUUUCCCUCUUCGGAGUCGAGAUCCACUCGCUUCUUCCCCAACUCACUCCGCUUCUACCGAGUCAAGAUUCUUCCCUAGCUAGCAUUGUAAAUAUCCUUUUCUAAUUCGUUCUUUUUUUGGUCUUAUUUCUUUGCGCCGACUGAUAUUCCACCGUCGCUUUCUUUCUCUCUCCAUCUCUAUCUGGAUAUCAUCGUUCUCGCUGCUAUUUGUCUAAUUGGGCGAAGAUCCGUUUACUCGUGUUAUUUUGACUCGGGUUCCGGUUUAAACCGACUCCAAAAAUUGGGUAAAUUUGUGAUUUUUUUUGCGAGAUCCAUGAACUCGUCUUUGAGACUCAGUGUAAGUUCAGAGCAAAUCGAGGAUCGGGCCGAGUUGUAGUUGACGUAGAAUAGAGGCAUCCCGUGAGAAUUAGGGUUUUGAAAAGUUUUUUAUUUUUAAGUGUAAGGUUAGAGUAUGUCGGGUGCGCGGAGCUGGAGCGAGGGCAUGUCCUCGGAUAAUGUUAAGGGCUUGGUUUUAGCGCUUUCUUCCAGUUUUUUUAUUGGGGGAAGUUUCAUUGUUAAGAAAAAGGGCUUGAAGAAAGCCGGUGCUUCUGGCAUCAGGGCAGGAGUUGGAGGCUAUUCUUACUUGCUUGAGCCACUUUGGUGGGCCGGCAUGAUAACAAUGGUCGUGGGGGAAAUUGCUAAUUUUGCAGCUUAUGCAUUUGCACCAGCUAUAUUGGUCACUCCUCUUGGUGCUCUCAGCAUCAUUAUCAGUGCGGCACUUGCGCAUAUAAUUUUACGGGAAAAGUUACAUACUUUUGGAAUUCUUGGUUGUGUUUUGUGUGUGGUGGGCUCUACAACAAUUGUUUUGCAUGCUCCCCCAGAACGUCAGAUUGAAUCUGUAACAGAAGUUUGGGAUCUUGCUACAGAGCCAGGGUUUCUCUUUUACACAGCUUUGGUCUUAACAGCUGUCUUUAUACUUAUAUUCCACUUUGUUCCACAAUAUGGACAAACACACAUUAUGGUUUACAUUGGAGUUUGCUCUCUUGUGGGUUCCAUUUCGGUCAUGAGUGUUAAAGCACUUGGUAUAGCCUUGAAGUUAACCUUUUCAGGAAUGAACCAGCUUAUAUACCCGCAAACAUGGGCCUUUACUUUAGUUGUGGUUACUUGUGUGCUUACCCAAAUGAAUUAUUUAAACAAGGCGCUUGAUACUUUCAACACGGCUGUUGUUUCUCCUAUAUACUAUGUUAUGUUCACAUCACUUACCAUUUUGGCUAGUGUAAUCAUGUUUAAGGAUUGGGAUAGGCAGAAUCCAACUCAGAUUAUAACAGAGAUGUGUGGAUUUGUGACUAUCCUUUCAGGAACUUUUCUUCUUCACAAAACCAAGGAUAUGGUUGAUGGUCCAAGUUUGACAACAUCUUUGUCUUUGCGGUCGAUAAAGCAUGAAGAAGAUGAUGGCUUUGGUGAAGGCAUCCCUCUUAAACGGCAGGAUUCAUUGAGAAUGCCUUAAUUGAAAUGUUAGGUCAUCACGGCCAUUCCUACAAAGCUCAAAUAGCUUCUGGGGAGAAACCUCGUCGAUGUCAACUUGUAUUUUAUGACCAACUUAUUCCAUCCUAUUCAUUUUUUGGAGGCUGUUAGAGGAGGUGAGAUUUCCUGUGGCUCUUUUUUCCCUUGGCUUCAUGAUGAGACGAUAGAUUUCAGCUUUUGCCGUGUAUACGCUAUCCCCCCCAGUUCAUACAGGAAAUAUGGCCUACGUAAUCUUGAGCAUGGUGAUUAUACAUUGUGUAAUCUUUUGCUUUAUUCUGCCAACAAUUGGGUGGAUUCUCACCAUGUGAACUGGGAAAAACUCAAAAGGAAUCAAAUACAUGCAUGUCUUAUCGCAUUUUUCAUUUGGUAGA